AUGGGCGUUUUCUGCUCAGUCGUUGAUAAAGCGCGCGACGAGCCAUCGGAGGGCAAGACUCACGCGCAGCUCCAUCCACGACCACCGCGACGGCUCCUUAAGAUGCCUCGAAUUGAGAGGCCCAGCACAAGAUCCCAGCAGCGCUGGCGCGCCGCCCUCACCCCGCGAGAAUUUGAUGAUACCGCGGCUUACGACAAGGCCCGGGGCGACCUGCUGUCAACAGAAGCAGAUCGCGCUUUCGAUGCUGAAGCCACUCUAUUUUCCACCAAAACGGAGCAGGAAGCAGCUGCGCUAGUUCGGAAAAUCAGAGACUAUGACUGGUUUGAAACGUAUGGGAGGUCACAUGAUGCUCAGGGCCAUCCCACGGGCAAGAGAGUCGAACGAGGGGAACACUUUCUAGGGAAUGUCGAUACGAUCGAUAAGACCGAGCUCAUAAGAGUGGCAAGGCGGAUGCCCAAGGGCGCGCACCUUCAUAUCCACUUCAACUCGUGCCUCCCGGCCAAGUUCUUGAUCCAGCAAGCGAGGGAUAUCGACGCCAUGUAUAUCCGGAGCACCAUUCCUCUGACAACUCAAGAAAACUUUGCCAAGUCGCGGAUAUCGUUCAUGGUUAUGACGAAGCACGAGGCCACCCACCCCAGAAACACCGCUGGUGAUAAAGCGUACCACCCAUUAGGCAACGUUUGGGAGGAGGACUACAUUUGCAACACGUGGAUGCCGUACAAAGACUUUCAACGGCACUUCAAAUUCGUUGAAGAGAACGGCCACGAAUUAGAGGGGACGUCAGGAGCCGAAGCCUGGCUAGAGAGGAAAAUGAUAAUAUCGGAAGAGGAGGCCCAUGGCACACACCAGACAGGUCAUGGUAUCUGGGAGAGAUUCAAUUACCGGACUCAAAUGAUGAAGGGGCUCUUUGCCUAUGAAUCCGCAUUUCGGAAUUAUACCCGGGCAUGCAUAAAAGACUUUGUCAAGGACAAUAUCCAGUAUGCCGAAAUCCGCCCGAACUUCAUGAGCACGAAUUCUCUAAAGACAGACGACGGAGAAAAUUCCAUUGGAAAUGCAGGAAUCAUGAAGAUUAUCGACGAGGAGCUUCAGGCAACCAUGAAGCAGAUUCGGGAAAGCGGCGACUACUUUGGGGGAAUGAAAGUGAUUUAUUGCACCCCGCGAUCGUUCCACAAAGAGCAGAUACAGACUGCGCUAGAUGAAUGUAUAGAUCUGAAGAAGAAGUACAAGACUCUUCUCUGUGGUUUUGACCUCGUCGGUCAUGAAGAAAUGGGUAACGAGCUCCGCCAUUUCGUCCCCGAAUUCCUAGAAUUUCGCAAGAACUGCAGGGCCCAGAACUUGGAUAUACCAUUUCUGUUUCACUGCGGCGAGACCCUAGAUGUUGGCACAAAAGUCGACGGUAACCUCUUUGAUGCGGUUCUCCUGAACGCCAAACGCAUCGGGCAUGGUUAUGGCAUUGCUAGGCAUCCUCUUCUGAUGGAGAUCUUCAAAGAGAGAAAAAUAGCCAUUGAAUCCUGCCCUAUAUCAAACGAAGUGCUGGGCCUCACCCCAACUAUCGCGGGACACCAUCUUCCGAUUUUACUAGCGAAUGAUGUACCCUGUACAAUUAACAGCGAUAAUGCAACUUUCUAUAGAUCUUCGUUGUCCCAUGACUUCUAUCAAGUCAUGAUCGGUGCGGAUUCUAUGAGCUUGUACGGCUGGAAGCAACUUGCCAUGUGGAGCUUGGAACACAGCUGUAUGGAGCCAGAGCAAUUGGCGGAUGUCACUGAGGAAUGGACCAGGAGGUGGCAAGACUUCUGCGAGUGGAUUAUCGAGGAGUACGGCCCCAAAUUAGCAAAAUGGGAGCCAGCGACAGACAGCAAUUGA